AUGAAUUUACUCUCCGUCGUCGUCUCUUCCACCUUGUCAUGCCCUAAAACCCACGACCGAUGCCUGCAACUUCUUCCUCGAUCGCCAUGGCCAUUGCCAUGUUCAAGGACCAAUCUGCAAAAUCGCCGCCGAAUCGGCGAAAGAUCAAAGAGAUACAAACGUUGGUUUCUCUGCUACGAGCAAAAAGAAGAAAGGGUAGAAUCAAGAGAAGAACUACAGCCUGUUACGUUGCCUGAGAAGAAAGGAACUAUAGCAGGAGCCGUGGCUUUCAUAAUCGGUACCAGUGUCGGAUCGGGGAUUCUUGCACUUCCAGAGAAAGCAUCUCCGGCUGGAUUUUUUCCCAGUUCCAUAUCGAUAAUACUAUGUUGGGGCUUUCUUCUGGUAGAAGCACUGUUGCUCGUUGAGAUUAGUGUGUUUAUGCGGAGGAAGAAGACUGAACGGGGAGAGACGGGGAUGAAGAUGAUUUCAGUGAGGACUAUGGCCCAGGAGACGCUAGGGGACUUUGGAGGAACCCUGGCCACAGUUGCCUAUGUUUUCCUGGGCUACAUUUCCAUGGUUGCCUAUAUUUCCAAGUCCGAAGAGAUCCUUCUCCAAUCAUUCAAUCUUCCAGCUCCACUUUCAGGCCUCUUUUUCACCUUAGUUUUUACUCUGCUCAUCUCUGUUGGUAGGACUAGAACCGUAGAUCAAGUCAACCAAUGGCUUACAGCUUGUAUGAUAGGUUUACUUCUGGGAAUUGAGGUGUUAGCAGUUCAGUUUGGGGGAUGGUUUGCAAUGGAAGGUGGAGGAGACUGGACAAAGGUCCCAACUACAAUACCUGUUAUUAUCUUUGCUUUGGUAUAUCAUGAUGUAAUACCAGUUCUGUGUGCUUACUUGGAAGGCGACCUUCCUCGCCUAAGAGUUUCAGUUUUGAUUGGUAGCUUUAUUCCAUUGCUAACACUACUUGUCUGGGACGCAAUAGCGUUUGGCUUGUUAGCGCAAGCUGAUCAAGUAGUCGAUCCUGUUGAAUUGCUCCUGAGAGUGAGAUGGAGUGGAGUUUCUUACAUGGUAGAAUGGUUCUCGCUUCUUGCUGUUGGAACAUCUAUGCUGGGGACAUUACUAAGCUUCUCUGAGUUUUUCAAGGAGCAACUCCGUAACAUCAUUUUUAAUUUCUCUACAUCAGAGACUUUGCAAGAGCCUUCAAAUGUCGCUUUAAAGAGGAAUUGGUGGGAAAUGAAUAAAGUAAGCCUCAUUGCCAUGGCAAUUGCUGUUGGUCCCUCUCUUCUUGUGUCCACUACUAAUCCAGAUUCAUUCUCCGCUGCCACAGAUAUUGCAGGUGGAUACUGUAUGACGAUGUUGUAUGGAGUUCUGCCCCCAGCGAUGGCAUGGGCAAUGCACAGUAGGGAAUCUGAGGACACUAGCUUCAAGACAUUAUUGAGAGAGAGGCCUGCACUGUUUGGGCUAGGUUUAUUUGCUUGUGGUAUUAUGGUGGAGCAAGUUCUUCAAGAUAUUCUGAAAUUGCAAUCGUAGCAAGUAGAUGAGUUACACAGAAACGCCCACCAGACCAUAGGUUUUUGUUAUAAGUAAUGGCGCAACAGAAAUUCAGUGCUUGGUUUUCCUGUUUCUCUGAAACUCUAAUACGAAACAGGGAGGAUACUGCAUGACAAUGCUGUAUGGAGUUCUCCCCCCAGCAAUGGCAUGGGCAAUGUGCAAUAGGGAUUCUGAGGACACCAACUCCAAGGCAUUAUUGAAAGAGCGGCGUGCACUGCUUGGGCUAGGUUUAUUUGCAUGUGGUAUAAUGGUGGAGCAAGUUCUUCACGAUCACUCUGAAAUUGCAGUCCUAGUAAGAUUGCUGACUGAAAUUGAGCAGCACUUGCUGAAAACUUGAAAGAAGAUGAACAGUUUGAUUUGCAGACAAUCUUGAUAUAUAAAUUAUAACACAAUUGAAGCAUCUGUGUUAAAAACAGCAUACCCAAUGAAGGAAAGCUGCGCAGAGCUUUCAAGAGGGAGACCAAAGAAGGCCUCAGGCCAAGGAUCAGAUAAAAAGGAUAGAGAAGAGAAGAGAAAAGACAAGAUGGUGGAGAUGGGUGCCAUUCUUUCUCCAAAUGCUGAGCUAAUUAAAGGCAGCAUUAUGAUCAUCACACAUUUGGGUUGCUUCUAAAUGACCCAAGAGCCUUUACAGCACCUGCUCGCAAGAUGAAUUGGUGGUAGAAAGCUGCAAUGGCUGCUCCUAUGAAGGGUCCAACCCAAAAUAUCCACUGCAAACAAAUACUCAUACCAAUUAGUUCCCAAAACUAAAAUAUUUGAGUCAUCACGUUUCUGUUUUUGAAACGUUAGAUCAUUUUAUAUAUUGCUAUCGAAUCAAGAAGUUUAGAUAAAUUGUUUAGUUCGACAACAUGUGAGAAUAGAGACUCGAAGUUCUAGUCUAUUAGUCAUAGUAGAAAUAAUAUGUGGGAAUUGAGUGACUCGAGUUUGUAGUCUAUUAGUCAGAGUAUAAACAUGUGGGAGUGGAGGGACUCAAACUUCUAAUCUAUUAGUCAGAGUAGAAUCAACAUGUGGGAAUGGAGGGACUCGAGCUUCUAAUCUAUUAGUCAAAGUAUAAACAAUAUGUGAGAAUGGAGGGACUCGAGCUUCUAGUCUAUAAGUCAGAGUACAUACCUUAACUAGUUAAGUUACGUUUAAAUUAAUAUAUGUUUAGGUAAAGUUCGACGGUGGAU